AGCAAGCGCCUAAAAAAAGGGACGAUCAACCAGCCCUGCCCCGGCCUCUGCAUCGAUCACCGUUGACGUACACGACGGCCGUAUUAUUAUUAUCGAUCGAUUGUUUAGCGACGCCAAAUACAGACAAGAACACCCAACAGGCCGGCGUAUGAAUGGAUGCAGACAGAUAAUAUUAGUGGAUAAAGACAGAUAAUAUUUGAUCCAAAGCCAUCCAUCCGGAGCAGGUGACCCGAGACUUCUCUGAGGGAGGGUUGGUUGAUGCAGACCUCCGGUUAGGUUCAGUUGCAGCCAGGAGUUCAUCGUCAUCGGAGGAGUGCUCUUUCUCGUGGAGGAGAUUGCGAUGCCGCCGGUGAACGGCGGCGCCGCCGCCGGACCGAGCUCCGGCAGUAGGGACGUCCACGGCCCGGCAGCAGCAGCCACCGCAGCGCCGAAACGCAACAGGCCUCGGUAUCAUGCAUUUACUCAGCAACAACUCCCAGCAUGCAAGCCUAUACUGGCACCCAAUAUGGUCAUUCCCAUUCUUGUAUUCGUGGGCUUACUUUUCAUUCCGAUUGGUCUUGCUUGCUACGCGGCUUCAAAUAAGGUCUUCGAAGUGGUUUACCGAUACGACACAAAGUGCGUACCGAAGAACAUGCUUCACAACAAAGUGGGCUACAUCCAGAACGCGUCGAUAAACAAGACAUGCACAAUAAAUCUCAAGAUCCCCAACGCUAUGAAGAGGCCAAUCUUCAUAUACUACCAGCUCGACAGGUUCUACCAGAACCACAGAAGGUACGCGACGAGCUUCAACAUCGCGCAGCUGAGCGACCCCAAGGAGGAGGCGAACGCCGACAUAAAGGACUGCAAGCCUGAAGCCUACGCCGCCAAAGGCAUCCCCGUGGUGCCCUGCGGCCUCGUGGCCUGGAGCCUGUUCAACGACACCUACAGCUUCGCCCGGCGUCCCCGUCGCGCGGGCGGCAUCGGCGGCGUCGAGGCGCUGAGGGUGAUCAAGAGCGGGAUCUCGUGGCGGAGCGAGCGGGAGCGGCUGUUCGGCAAGCACGUGUACCCCAAGAACUUCCAGAACGGCAGCCUCGUCGGCGGCGGGCGGCUCGACCCGAGAAAGCCCCUGAGCGAGCAGGAGGAGCUGAUGGUGUGGAUGCGGACGGCGGCGAUGCCGCGGUUCAGGAAGCUGUACGGGAGGGUGGAGGCGGACCUGGACGCCGGCGAGACGGUGGCGGUGGCGGUGCGGAACAGCUACAACUCGUACAGCUUCGAGGGGGGGAAGGCGGUGGUGCUGUCCACCGCGGGGCCGCUGGGCGGGCGCAACGCGUUCCUCGGCCGCGCCUACCUCGUCACCGGCAUGGCCUGCCUCGUCCUCGCGCUGCUGCUCACGCUCGUCUGCCUCUUCUUCCCCAUGACAGAGGAGCAUCUCCGGCUGCGGUAGCCGUCGUCCGUCCAUGGAUCAUGUCGGCGAGCGUAGACUCGGCCUCUCUGGUUUGUUAUAGACUGGCCUCCAUUGUUGUUAGAUAUAGCAGAUCACAUCACUGUAUGUGUAUGUAUAUGUACAGUACAGCACAAGAAUCUGAAGGUAGAUUCAGAAUGUACAGAACAGGAAUGUGUGGGAGAUGUACAGUAUGUAGUACUGGUAUCACUUCUCCAAUGCAGCAACUAUAAAACCGACAGAUGUUCGAAAAA